AGACAGCCGGAACGAGGGGCGUCGUGAGAUGUGUGUUCACACCUUUUUUUUCUGGAAAAGAGUUGCUGGAAUUGUCAUCUGUCUUGCUGUGAUUUUCAUCUUAAUAGGGGUUAUCUUGCAUUCACCUAGAUUACUAGACCUGGAGCCAUGCCCUGAUGACUGGCUAUAUUACAAGAGGAAAUGUUACUAUCAUUCAGGAUCUGUGGCAGACUGGAAUUCCAGUCAGAAGUUCUGCUCUGACUUUGGAGCUUCCCUUGCAGUAAUUGACCACCCCCAAGAUCUGGAAUUUAUAUUAUAUCGAAUGCGCACUAUAGACUUCUGGAUUGGACUACAAAAGACAGAAAAUAAAUUCUUCUGGGUGAAUGGAGAGUCACUUAACACAAAUUUGUUUCAUGUCAAUAUAACAGAUGAUGGAGAUUGUGUCCAUAUAACCUCAGCCUUCGUCUCUACUAAAAAGUGCUCUUCACAGAGGAACUGGCUUUGCACCCUUGGUCAGUUUGAUCCAAAGACAGUCUAAAUAGGGAACAGCUGGAUGUUCAAAUACAGAAACUGAACAGGUUGCCCAGGUAGGCUCCAGAAGGGCCUUGAAUAUCUCCAGAG